CCCUUUUCGCUGGUACGCCGCCACCUCUCAAACCCUAACAAAAUUCGCCCCCGCCGGCCGCCAAUCCUUGCCCAUGGAUCGAUCUGCCCCCGAUCUCUCCAUGGCUUCGCCCUCGCCGCCGCCGGUCUUGCCCCCGUCCUCCUCUAUUUCGUCCGCAGAGGCUGCAAACAUCCCGUGGAUGAUGCUAGAGCGUUUCGUCUUCGUCAGGAACGACGACGACGGCUCCUUCCCGGACGACGCGGCCGCGCCCAUGAGAGCUAACUCCUCAACCUCUUUGGGAGACCGCUUCACCACCGCCUUGCUCCUCGCCGCCCCCCCUGCCGUCUCCCGACUCUACGUGCAGUGGCAGCGCGGUCCACGGGAGCCGGUCGACCCGGACAGUAGGGAAACCCUUCUCUUGACUUCCGACCGGCGCCUCUUCCUACUCACUACCACCUCACGCUCAAAGCUCGAGAGGACACGGCCUAUUCAGCAGGACUUCUUCGUCUUCAGAGCCUCCUUUUCCGCGGGUAGAUCGGCGCUCACACGACUCCCGUCGUGCACAGAACCCAUAUUGCUACCUUUGCAUGGCAAGGAGAUAGCUGUGUAUCGCUGGUUUCACCACAACACAAUUGGUAUAGUUCGAGGCAGCGGCUCGGACAUUGAUAAGUUUGCGGUGGUGCAGCUGGCCAAGUUUGUUGAUUUUCCAGGCCAUCGUAAGAUGGGAGCUGAACUAUGUGUGUUCCGCUCUGGCUUCCCAUCUUCCAAAUCCAAUGAUGAAGUCGCUGAGGGCAAUUGGGAGUUUCUGAAGCUGCCAAUCCACCAUUCUGAUGAGGAAUUCUCUGACCUGGAAGGCUGGUCGACUGAUGGUGCCAUCACUUUCAAAAAUUCAAUAUGCUGGGUUGAUUACCACCAUGGAGGCAUCCUCUUGUACACACCAGCUCUAGCAGCAGGGGGGACAGAAGACAUCAUCUCCUAUAUCCGACUGCCUAUCGACAACCGCCCUAGAAAUUCGUUACCAAGUCAAUAUCCCCUCGAGAGGUACCGCAGCCUGUGCGUCACUGGCCCAAGGAGCAAUGAGCAGCUCAAGUUCAUCGAUGUGGCCCGUAAGGAUGACGCCUUUUUUGGUAUGAUCAGAGAAGGUUCUAGUUUUACCAUUACCUGCCAUACUUUCACAACAACAUAUGGUCACAAAUGGCACAAGGAUGCGGACAUUACAUCUAAAGAAUUAUGGCAUCCUAAAUCCCGUAAGAGUCUCAUCCCGCGAAAUGCCGUGACCACAUUCCCUCUUGUGAGCUGGGACGAGCCACAUCUCAUACACUUUCUCAUGUCUGAACUGACUAACAAGGUUGACAAGGUUUUGCUGGUAGUUGUUGAUAUCAUAAAAAAGAAAGCAGUUUCAGUUUCUACAUAUAUUGAAGGAGACGAAGACCUCUGCGGCAAGCAUGCAGACAUGGUCAGCCACAGGUCCCGCCUUCCGCGGUCUUUUCUCCCCUGUCAGUUCUAAAACUUGUUCUGAUCUGAUUCGCAGGGACUAUCAUAUUUAUGAUGUGCAGGAUUGCUUGCUGGAACGUUGAGAAAUUAUGUUUUAAGACAACUACUAGAGGAGGAGGAUGGGCUGCUUUGAUUUCUCAAGUUAUGAUGCUGAUUUUUAGUUCAAUCUGCCUGCCAAUUGUAGUUUCAGUAUUAGUUGUUAGUUACGCAAACUUUCAUGUCGUUUUAUAUCUAUUUCAGUUGUUUCUGACUUAAUUUCGCUUGUGUUUGUACCAUCCGGGGAGGCCACAUUCUCUGAAUCUGAACACUUAUCAAUAUCAACUAUUUUACACUGCA